AGGCCAGGUGGGAGUUUCCACUCUCCGUGGGGCCUGGGCUGCUGCUGUGGGGCCUUUGCAGAGCCCAGAGUUGUGCAUGGCCGAGGUGAUGCUUAAGGAAGAUCCUGGGCCUAGGGGACCAAGUCCCGUGAGCGUCAAGUUGGGGCGGGACUUAGGCUCCUCGUUCCUUCUCAGGUGGGAGCAUGCCGGGGCUGCGGAGGCACAGGCUUCCUUCCGCGUGGACUUUGCUCCUCCUGCCGUUCCUGUGGCUGCUCAUGCCCGCGGCCCCCGCACCCCACCGCGGGUCCUACAAGCCGGUGAUCGUGGUGCAUGGGCUGUUUGACAGUUCCUACAGCUUCCGCCACCUGCUGGACUAUAUCAAUGAGACGCACCCCGGGACUGUGGUGACAGUGCUUGAUCUCUUCGAUGGCAGAGAGAGCUUGCGGCCGCUGUGGGAGCAGGUGCAGGGCUUCCGAGAGGCUGUGGUCCCCAUCAUGGAAAAGGCCCCCGAAGGGGUGCACCUCCUGUGCUACUCCCAGGGGGGCCUGGUGUGCCGAGCCUUGUUGUCUGUCAUGGACGACCACAACGUGGAUUCUUUCAUCUCUCUCUCCUCCCCGCAGAUGGGGCAGUAUGGAGACACAGACUAUUUGAAGUGGCUCUUCCCUACGUCCAUGCGGUCUAACCUUUAUCGGGUCUGCUACAGCCCUUGGGGCCAGGAAUUUUCCAUCUGCAACUACUGGCACGAUCCUCACCAUGAUGACUUGUACCUCAACGCCAGCAGCUUUCUGGCCCUCAUCAACAGGGAGAGAGACCACCCCAAUGCCACUGCGUGGCGGAAGAACUUCCUUCGAGUGGGCCAUGUGGUGCUGAUUGGGGGUCCUGAUGAUGGAGUGAUCACUCCCUGGCAGUCUAGCUUCUUUGGUUUCUACGAUGCCAACGAAACUGUCUUAGAGAUGGAGAAGCAGCCGGUUUAUCUUCGGGAUUCUUUCGGGCUGAAGACUCUCUUGGCCCGGGGUGCCAUAGUGAGGUGUCAGAUGGCUGGGAUCUCUCACACCGCCUGGCACUCCAAUCGCACGCUCUAUGACACUUGCAUCGAGCCGUGGCUCUCCUGAAGCUGUCCUCGAGGGUGUCUCCAGGAAUUCCCCAGUCCAGAGUGGUUGUGGCCUUGGGAAGCAGAUGCCAGGCUCCGGCAAGCCUGUGACCACCUCAUCGCUCCCACACUGCCCCACCCCCACCAGGGCUCCCUGAGCCCUCCCCCUGCUCCUCUGUGAAUGACAGGCCCUGGUCCCCUACCUCACAUCCUCACUUGGGGAUGCCCCCGAGCCCUCCCUUUCUGCCAUGGCUGAGGUUGGGAAGCAGGCACUGUGGCCCCGUUGCUGCUGCUGUUGCUCCUCCGGGUCUGGCUGCACCGGAAGAGCCCAGGCCCUGCCCACCACACGGGGCUCCUUCCAGGCCACUCAGGACAUUUUUAGCUUGUUAUCCCCAUAUUCCCUUGUUCUCAGCUUUCCCUUUGUCGCCAGCCUCCUCAGCAAGAGGGACACCCGUAAGAGGGGUUCCGAGGCUCCCCUAUGGGGACAGUUCCACUUUUGAAGUGUCAGUGUUGGGGAAUAUCUGUGGCCUGCAAGGCCCAUCUCAGGUUUGGGGAUUCCCCCAGUCCCUAUGAUCAGUAUUGGGGUCUCCCCUGGGAGCCUAGGUUCUUUGAGGCCCCAGGCCCUCUUUUAACUGCCCUUUAUCGGGUGUCCCUUGUAUUUAUAGAAAUAAAGUUCCGUUUCCUC